AUGUCAUCAACUGAACUCGAUUCCUUUCGCACGUAUUCAAUUAAUGUCUCGUUGAAUGAAAGUAUCGAUCAACUUUAUGGACAAUUGUGUCGUUUAUUUGGCAAUACACAAAUGUAUUUUAGCAAAAGAAAAAAACUUCUUUUACAACUUGAAAGAAAAAAGAAUCAAUAUCGACGAGCCAUUGAUCGAUCAGAUAAAAGAAUUAUACAUGAAGAUCGCCAACAACGACAACAGAUACGAGAUGAACAAGAACAAAAUAAUAAUUGGUCUAUGGGUGGCAUGGCUGCUCUAGUUGGUAUAGCACUUGCAGGUAUGAAUACUGCCGCAACUUUUAUAAUAAUGUUGUUACAUGUUUCGAAAGAAAAGCAAUUUUUAAUUAUAUAUUUAUAUAAUAUAUUUUAUUAA